UUAAAGUUAAGCCUUUCACCUUUCACUAUUUCACUGCAUUGCACACAUGCAUGGCUGGGUUUUUAUUAUUGCAUUGCAUUGCAUUAAAAUAUUUUGGGUGUCGUAUGAAAAUGUAUCGCUGACGUACAGGAUCAUGUGAGUUUUUUUUUUUCUUUUUUUUUUUUCGUCCCAGAUCUCCCAGUGCAAUGCACGGCCACUUUCUCUCUCCUCUCUCCAGUCUUGUCUUUAGGUUUUCUCCCAGCAAUCUUGAAGGAUUUGACCACCAAAUGUGCUUAUAGGUGCUGAUUGUGGGGGCUCUAAGGGGAAGGAAAGAAGGAAAGAAAGAAAAAAGAAAAGAAGAGAAGAAGAAGAAGAAGAAGAAGCGACAAAUCUUUCCAUAAAGAUUCAAACUGAGUCGUUUUUCCGGGUGUCAGGAAAAAGAGAGGAUGCUAAGGGAACGACUUGCUACUGUUCAUUAGCUGCUGUAAUAUUCCAGAGAGCUGCAGGACCAGUGACGGAGACAGAGAGGGAGAGAGAGACAGACUUGGUGGCGUAGUGAAGGAGACGGACAUCAGUGGACACGGAAAGAGGAAAGAGCGUGAAGCAGGAGCGCUUCAGGAGGCCUUCUCCUAGGGGAAACCCUGGCAGUCGCAGAAGUUCUGUAAGUUGUUGGUGAUGACGUCAUAUGAAGCUCUGCACUGGAGCUGAUGUUUCCGAUCAGCGGGGGACUCCGGAGCCAAGGCUGGGCGACUCCGGAGCGGACUGAGGAACUGCAGAGACCCGCUCCUGUAUCGGGAAUCCACUCUGAUCACCUCGAUCCCUUCCUCCCUACCUUUGCAACCCCUGCAAACUCCUCUGUCAGGCUUGCCCCUGAACCAUAUCAGUGCAGUUACCAUGUCCAGCCGAAGGAAGUCCUUCACUCCAUGCAUGGUCUCUGUUAGUGAUGUGGAAAUGGGUGGCCCUAUGGAAAUGGAUAUAUUGGAUGACGAAUUGGUAGAGGACAGACCAUCCUCUCAGCAGCCUUCAUUAGAUGUGUAUCAAGAAUCUAGGCAGUGUGUGGCUAUGGGGGAUGAGGAGGGUUAUGUGGAAGGGACAGGAGAGAAGAUGGAAGAGAAGUCCUCCAUCCCACAGAAACAACAGAGUAGGGGCUACCAGUGUAAGUACUGCUCCUUCUCUACCCAGAAUCUCAGCGACUUCAAAGAACAUGUGUACUCCACGCACCCCAACGUCAUUCUGAACCCUCUGUACCUGUGUGCUGUCUGCAACUUCAGCACCAAGAAGUUUGACUCCCUCACAGAACACAAUGAAACAGAGCAUCCAGGUGAGAGCAAUUUCAAGUUCAAGCGGCUCAAACUUGACAAUCAGACCGUCCUAGAGCAAACCAUUGAGAAUGAGGAUGACUCAAACUCUCCAGAAUCUAAGCUUAUGCAAGAUGAUGAUGAUGAUGAUGCCUUUGAAUUUUUACCCUCAUGCCCAUCAACCAUGCAGAAUGUUGAAAAUAUAAUCUUUAAUAAUAGAAAUGAGGUAGAGAGUAAUUUAGAUCAUCUGCUGUUAAAGGAUCAGAUCACUGCAGUGAAUGUAAACGGAACAAUCAUCAUCCCUGAGCCCAUGAUGCUAGAGGGGCUCUCCCAUGUUAUGCCUCUUCUGCAGCGUCCCCCAAACCUGAGCUCCAUUCCAACAAUUGCUGUUCCUCUGAACACAAGCAAGUACAAUCCAUUACUGGACACCAACACUACACUCAUUACAUCCUUCAACAAAUUCCCCUAUCCAACUCAUGCAGAACUCUCCUGGCUCACUGCUGCUUCCAAGCACCCUGAAGAGCAGAUCAAGGUGUGGUUUACCACCCAGCGGCUCAAACAGGGCAUCACCUGGUCACCAGAAGAAGUGGAAGAAGCCCGUAAGAAGAUGUUCAAUGGCUGCAUGCCUCCUGCUCACCACACAUUCACCGUUUUGCCUACGCCUGUGAGCGAACCAGUUGCCACCAGCCAGUCUGUUGCACCAGCAGUGUCCUGCCAUGUUACUGGACAGUCGACUCUGUCACCUGCUACCACUGCAAAUGGAACUUCUGCUGCCUGUGCGACUGUCACUGUGACAACAGUUACUAAUAUGCAUAAUCUCAAGCGCCCUUUGGGACUAUCAGCGGUGGCCCAGGAUGUAAAGCGCCCCAUGAUUCCCACAGAUGAACACAAAGAAAAGUUACGUAUGGCACCUCCACCGGUCCCACCCCUAGAGAGACUAUCCAUGGCUCCUCCUCCUGUACCCCCAGACAGUAAGAGAUCCAUGCUUCCACCUUUGAUUACAACAGAUAUGAAACGACCUGUUGUUGUCCCUUAUGCUUUGCACAAGGGGAAAAUGCCAAUGGUAUUUCCGCUGGCACCCCCUAAAGAUAAGGUACCCAUGGCCCCCCCUCCCCUGUUACCCAGAGAUAGAGUAUCUAUGGUUCCCCUAGUCUCAACUGAUCUAAAGAGGUCGACAGUUCCCCAGCAAAUCAGAAAUCAAGCUCCUGCCUUUUCUGUAAUUUAUAAAGACAAACUGUCACCUUUACCUACUGAUAUAAGCUUACCCUUGGUGCCCCCAUUGGUGACUUCUCAAGUGAAGAGACCACCAAUCAUUCAGACUGCACGGGCCCCACCUGUUGCCCCAAACUUGAUCCCCACUUUCUCUCUGGAGAGUAAACCACUAGAGCUGUCAGUGGAGCAAAAGCCCACAAGCUCAGAGAGUCGACCCACAGAGAGUCAGAAUGGUAAUAAUAGAGUCCCCUGUGGGGAUGGUAAAAAAUGGUUUUCUGAUCAGAGUGCACUGGCCCAUAAUGGUUUACGGCACUUAAAUAAUAAUUUUGCUCCAAAGGAGCGUCCAAAAACAGUCCCAACCCAGUUCCCUCUCCUGGAAAGACUGAAGGGGAAAACUGCUGAGCAGCUAAAAGUUUUAGAAGAGAGUUUUCAGAGGAAUAGUUUCCCAUCACACAAUGAGGUUGACCACAUUGCAAUCACCACAAGACUCUCCAGAGAGGAGAUUGACAGCUGGUUCUCAGAAAGAAGAGCCCUUCGAGACAACUUAGAAAAAGCCCUCCUAAAUUCCAUGGGAUCCAAGAGGACUGACAUUGCAGAGAGAAGAUCACUUUCACAGCACCAGCAUGCUUUGCUUAAUGGAGUUUACAAACAAAGUGGGCUACCCAUAUGCCCUCUCCCUCCUAUCAUUGCCCCCACCUCAUCAUCUGUGCCUAUGGAUAGGAAGUCCCUCAACCUUCUUAAAGAUGUCUUUGUCCAAACACGGUGGCCUUCACCUGAAGAAUAUAGUUAUCUGGAGGCACAGACAGGUUUGGCUCGUACCGACAUUGUCAGAUGGUUUAAAGACAGCCGUCUGGCUCUGCGCAGUGGAACUGUCGAGUGGAAAGAGCUAUUCCACAAGCUAAGUGGCAGCGAGUCGAACGGCCGGCUGAUCUCAGAUCAGCCCUUGAAUGUCAUUCUGCCAAGUCAGGAACGGAAGACGCCUACAGCGGAGUGCACCAAACUAAGCAGCCAAGAGAUCAAAGAGUGGUUCAACAACUCACUCGGCCAGCGUGGGUCCGAAGUGGGGAGGAACGGAGGUCAGAAUGGAGGCAGCGGGGAGAAGUGUGGAGGGUGGGUGGAAGAGGCAGUGGGGACUAAGAUGGCAUCGCGAGAGCUGGUCUCAGACACGGAUUAGGGCACAAGAACGAGAUGGGCAGAAGAAGAGGGUAGGAACUGCUGCCGCUGUCAUUUUGCACAGUAAUGGAUGAAAAGAAAAGAAGAAGAACAAGAGAGGUCUACUCUGAGAUGUAUUUUUGGAACCAAUGAUUUUUUUCUUGCCCUUUUCCACUGCACCAGCUAGCAAACGGCACCAGACGGGAGCAGAAGGAUCCUGGUCACAGCGCAGAGUCCUGAUCUGCAGCGGUGAUUCUGAAACACGACUUGGUGCUUCAUGUGGUUUGAAGCAGUGAGGGACAGGAUGAAUGCAUGGAGGAGAUCAAGACCAUCGAGUGCCAAAGCUGGAUUUGCUGCAUAACUACACUUUAAAGAAAAAGGUUCUUGUAAAUAUUUUUUUUUCUUUCUGUACUGCUACAGAUUUGUACAAUUUUGCCAGAAACUUUUUGUUACAUUUUAUAAUGGGAGCGAGGGGCUCCCAGAUUUUGCUCUAGCUGGUCUUUUCAGUGGACAUGUCCUACAUUUUAUUUUUUUUUAUUUUUUUGGGUUUUUUUUUUUUUUUUUUGUAACAACACCAUGCACCACUACAGGCAUUGGCAAUAUAUCAAACGGACGUUCAUUACAGUUUGUCUUUGGAGGGACUUCUUCAAAUCAGUGCAUUUACUGACUGUUUCAAGGUGCUGUUAAACUUUCUGGAUAUUACAUGCCGUCGCUUUUGCUAUAUUUACAGUUCUUACAGCGUGAUAUUUUGCAAACAACAGUUUAAAAAAAAAAAAGGAAAAAAAAAAAAAAGAAGGAAAAAUCACUUUGCUGUUAAACACCAAUGGACAAAUCUGCAAAUCUGUUUUGUCCUGUACAGGAAUAAAACACUCUCAAUCGCCAGCGUUUAUAUGCGAUAGUUCAAUUCCAACUGUAGAAACAAUUAACCCGGUACCAGAUACACGUUCCAUAUUUACUGCUUCUGUAAUGUCAGCGUCACAUAUAUUAGAAAUACUGUACUUAUACCAAGGUCCUGCUUACUACUCUCCAAAAGACAGAUGUUGUCUGCUGUAAUCCAAUAAAACACAGCCUACCUAAAAAGUUUGGUUUGCAGAAGUUGUACCUCUUUGAACCGAAUGCUCUGUAUUCAAUAAGACAUCCUCAAGGUUCUUAAGAACAGUUUCCUAACUCCUGAGACAACCGAUCUUAAAUCCUCGAUCCGUUUUUAAGGACAUCACACGCUAGGUGAGGUGUAUUGGGAGUUAGGAAACCAUGGAACUGUACAGAGCUGUGGGUUCCCAGGACUGGAGGAGGAUUGAGAAACCCUUGAUCUAAUUUUGUUGAUUAAUUGUGUUUUGCAUCAUCCGGACCAGGGGUCAUCAACUGGUGGACCUCAAUCUGGAUGUGAACCCAGACAAGUAUUUCAGUGGACCGAAUCAAGUACUGCAGCAGAGCUGAUAAAGAUUUAAAAACUACCUGCAGUUCAGUGAUUCUGGUUUUCUAAGCAUGAACCAUCACCGGUUUCUGUAGCAGAUCCUCUCUUGUGGUUUAUCCAAUAACUUACAUUUAUGUGAAUUAUUUAGCUGACGACAGCUCAUCGGACCAGAGACUAGCUACAGGGCUAGAGACUUUAGCUCAGGAAGGCAGAGUUUUCAUAGACUUGUGGAGAUUUCUCCAUCAUAUUUACCUUCCGUGGUCUGAUUAAGGAACUGUUCAAUUGUUUAAGUUAACUUCAAUUAAUUAACUUAAGUUUAAGUUAAUACUGUUAAGUUCACAAUGAAAACAGAAUGUUUAAAAAGGACCGGAAAAAAAAAAAAAAAGAACGUACGUGUUUAUUUUCUCCACAUGAAAUUUAAGAUGCAAGUCUCUCAUGGCGCUUGUGUCUCUCAUGACACAACCACUUUAAAUGAUCUCAUUUAUAGCCAUAAGCAUAAAAGGUUAGUCAGGUUAGCUGCUUACAGAGACCAUUUUGUAAGCGAGGGAUUUUUACGUAGCUGAACCUUUUAUCAGUUUUACAUACACCUGCCGAUAAGGUUCGGUUUUGAGGUUUCUUGCGAUUUUAAGUGCGUCUUAAAAUUAGCGCACGAAUGACAUUUACGGUAUAAUAAUGCGGUGUUUCUGAUCUGCACUCUGGCUUGUUUCUGGUCUGCAUGGGUGACUGUGUGGAUUGUGUAACCUCCAGAGACACUGCUGGCACUGGAUGAGCUUUUUCUUAUCCACUCUGAGCCUUCACUUUCAACUGUUACAUUAUAUAUGUAUUACAGAUUAUCGUUUUUAAUUCUUUUUAAAAACAAAUUAACAACAAAUCAUCCCUCACUCUUGUCAGCAGGUGUUGACGUCAUGAGAAAACUUGUUUAUAGCUAUGGUUGUGACAUGCCUCCUGAGUAUUUCACUGGAAACUGGAGAAAAAAAAUCAUAAUAAUUAAAAGACAAGAGUGCUUGGCAGACAUUAAGCUUGGCACAAGAGUAAAAAUUGAUUUUGAAUGUCAAAUUCCUGUAGAGUUCUCGACUUGGCCUAAAAAAAAAAAGCAGCCCUUGAAUAUCCUAGUGGUACAAGAGGGGUUAUAGGGCCAGAAUACAGAAAUCAAACAGUGAGAGGAAAAAUUUUUGCAGAUUUACGGUGUGGUACAGAGAGUAACAGUGCAGUCGGUGCCAGAAUCCCGGCUUAUCCAGCGUGCAUUGCUUAAUGCUUUAUGGAAGAGUCAGUCCCUGUUUCGCAGUGCUCGCUCUCUGCAUGCUGGAAGGAUUUUUUUUUGGGAAGCACUCCACAAUCUUCUUUAUCAGAAUGAUCAGAGAACUCAAUGAAACAAUAGCUCAGUGUCCUCCAUCUGCUUUGGUGUGUGUGUGUGUGUGUGUGUGUGUGUGUGUGUGUGUGUGUGUGUGUGUGUGUGCAUGCACAUGCACACACACACACACACACACACGAGAGCAAGAGAAAGAAUUCCUGCCCCCACACAGACCUUCACACAGAUUAAUCCACUACAGUUUCUUACUCAAAACACGCUCAAAAGACAUCGGUAUCCGUCUCUUGUCUGUAAAUGUGAUCCUAAUUAAAGUGUUAUUGAAUUCAUACGUACUGUUCUCUUUCGCCCAAGGUCCCAAAUAAUGGUCAGAUGCGCUGCUUUUAAAAGAGCAUCUGAAUGAAGGAUAAAGUUUUAUAACGUGCCCGUUUUGGCACUGUGCCUGUUACUAAGCUGAUGUUGGACUGAUGAAGGCCUGCCUUUAGAGAACACGUUUAGGCAGGAAGUCCAAUCAAACUACUUUUCUUAUCUACCUACCGGAGGAACACUGUAUCACUGAAUUUCAAAUAACUUGACUCUUUGGAAUUUGGAUCGUCAUGGGCUAAUUACAUCUGCAUUCAUCUCAUUUAUACAACUCAGCAGUUGAGCCUUGGUAAACGAGACCUUUUAAUCUGUAGUCAUGUUGGACGCACGUGAAUCGAAGAGGGCUUCGACUGAACGUGCAUGGUGAUGACGUCACAUGACGCGUCUCGGCCCGCAUCGGCAGUCGUUUUGAAACGUUUACCUUGCGUUCGUUUCAGAAUUCGCGAAAUCCUAGAGGGACUGGUUUAUUAACAGUCGUAAAUAUUUAUUUAAAUGUUAAAUCAACAUCACCUUACAGAAACUUUCACCAUAUCGAUGAUUAUACAUUUUCCUUUAUUUUUAAAAAAAUAACAACAGGUUUUAAUCAGAUUAUUAUUAAUAUCCGACCAUACAAUUCCCUGUGAAUGAGCCGUUGGUACAGAAACAAUAAAAGUAUUAGUACAAAGUAUUAGUAUUAGUAUCUAAAGUAUUAGAACAAACAACUGUAAGAGCUGCUGUUAUAGAAAACUAAUCACCACCUUCUGAGGGAUCAGAAUUGAGAAUGCAACAGAGAUGUGGUGUAAAACAUAGCAACACAUCUAGUGUUAAUCGUAUG